UCGUUUCCGAGCGCCUGGUGGGCUGGGGCCGCUCGACGACGGGCGCAGAUCUCGGUGGUGUUGGUCAGCUGCCGCGGGGAGCUGGGCGGCAGAAACGGGGUGCUGGGCGGCAGAAACGGGGUGCUGGGCAACACGUGCUAUGCUGGGAAGGCCGCGGGCUCAGGCGCCUUAGGCGGGUGCCCCGAGAACGGUCGGUGGCGCUUCAGUUACCCCGGCAUCGCAGGCGUCAGGUCUGCUUUAGGGGUUGAAACCAUCCUUUAGGAGAGAAGAUGUUUCCUCCCGAGGAAAAGAGGAGGAGUCGAGCAAGGCUUAGAAGCCCUGGAUGGGAAGGUUCCACUUGCCGUGCACAGAGGGUCUGGGAAUGACUCUGACGUUGCCCAAAGGGGGUUAGUACUACACAGGUGUAUGUUUUUACCGAUUAAGUAACUUUUUUUUUUUUUAAUAACCUCUUCCUUUUUUUCUUGAGUGCUUCCUGUUCACGGCAGCCAAGGAUUGCCUGGUUGGGACGAGGUCUUCCUUCCACCUUCCAUCCUUCUCCUUAACUCGGCAGUAGCAUCGCAAGUCUGAUCGAGAUAAGGGAGGCGGAGGUGCUUAGUGUCAGAAAUUUUCAUUCCCACAUUCAAAACCUUCAGACCCCCCGAAUUGUGCCACUUGACAUGUGUGGGUGAAUGUUCAUGUGUCUGGCAAGAAGGUCCAUCGUUCUCUCCCUGAUCUCAAAGGAAUCUGUGAUCCAACGUAGCUUAGGACGUAUCUGGCCAGGCUUUGGGUCACCUACCCACGCCGAGUCACUUUCCCAGCUUCACAGCCCUAGGAGUCCCUUUUCAUCUGCCUGUACUUAGUGUACUGUGUAGAAACAGGCUUGUGGAAACUCCUGUAUUAAAGCUGAACGGGUACACAGGGUAAGUUCUUAGCUCUGCUGUUUAGGAGGUAUUUUAAAGUUACUGCCCUUGACGUAGUGAUAACUUCUCAUGACUAGUGUUUAUCAUAUGCCAGGGGCUGCUCUCCACUCUUUUGCAUGUUAGUUCAUUUCCUAGUGGCCUGUAAGAUGGCUUCUAUUUUUUUCCUGUUCAAUUAACCAGUGAGGUUAGGUUUAGUGACUUGUCCAAGUUGAGAGACCUUGGAUUAAUACCCAGGCAAUUUUUCUCCAGAAGCUGUGUUUGAUCUCACCUGGAUACCUCCACUGGGUUUGUUGAGUUUCGAUUUUUAACUUUGCCCAGAUGUACCGCUUUCCUAAAGGGAAGGAAAGGCGUUUUAAUGGAGAAUUAGGUCCCCAUUGGUGAGCUAAACCUAACUGAAGCCUGGAUUAUGAGGAUUUGAGCUGGUUCUUGUUUUCCAGAAAGAUCCACAGAGUACGAAAUGCUUCCCGUGGUAGAAUCUGGAGAUUUCAGAUUGGGAUUAGCAGUUGUUAGAGGAAUAACUGAUAGGCAAAUAUAAAAUGAACUUCAAAGGAGGGAAGGACAGUGGUGAUAAAGUAGGGAAAUAUUCCAAAGAUUAAGUGAGUGACUAAAAAUAAAGACCGGGUGAUGGUUUAAAAAUCAGUUAUUUAGCUCACUUGUUGAAGUGGAGUUGGGAAGAGAAAGAAGCCCUAGAAAAUGAGUUUCCUCAAUUUAUUAGCUGCUUCCUUGUUUGGGGACUAGAAAAAGACUUUCAUUUUUGGGAGGUAAAUUACCCUAUUUUUCUGAGAUUUGAGAGAAUCUUAAAAGUAAUACCUUUUUGGUCAGUAAAAACGCUACUGCAAAAGUUAAACUUGUAUAGAAUUAUAGUGACAAAAAGGGACUCGUUUUACAGAUGAAACAGGUAUAGGGAGUGCAGCCUUCUCAAGUUUGCCUGGGGGCAUUUUCACCAGAAUCUUAAGGCCUCUUCUCAUGGUACGAUUUUAUGAAUUGUUUUAGCGUUGCCCUGCCGAGUUCAGUAGUUCCUGUGCCAUAGGGUGUUUGCAGCCUGUUUUUUCCUAGUUGAUCGGUGUUACUGAUGCGGAGUGUCAGCAGGUUAUCUCCACGAGCGUAUCACGAGAUGGCAUCUGAACACGUCUGCUCUGCAUUUUGUCUUACAAGCCUUGAGCCCUGCACUGUUUUUCAUAACUCAUACAGAGUAACGAUUGGGAAAUUGAAUUCCUUGUCAUAGCUGAUUUGACCAUUCUCAGGUUUGAUACGCUCAUUACGCUGAAUCCUGAAAAGAUUUUUAAUACUAGUAAGUGGUCCUCUGAAAACGUGGAGGGCAUUUUGAUUUUGCGAAUUGGCCAUUUAGAUUAUCAGAUUCUCUAGUGUUUUGAGCUUAGAGAUUUUUAUCUGUGUGAGUUAGUUCAUGCUUCUGUGGAGAUAUUUUUAAGAUAGAAUGUGUUUAGCACCACAUUGCAGCCUGGAGUUUGUACUUGAAACUUUGGCUUAAGUAUUUUCAUUAACCUGUCAGGGUUUUUACAACCGUUUAUUAUAGAGAGCAUAUUGGUCUCCUGUAUCUGCAUUUCUCUGACUGACUAUUGGGGUUGAAAUACAAAUACCAAUGUGUAAAUAGAGUUCAGAAUUAUUUAUUUUUAAAGUUGCUUUUCUUUCUUAUCUUCCUUUGGGUGUAUGCACUUCCUUUAUCAGUUUAAAAACCGUUGGGUAUGUUUAUGGUGCACUUAGAUUUUGCCAGGGAACCUAGGUUUUUUUGUUUUCUAAGACAGACACUUUGUGAACGAGAGGAUGAUUUAAGUUCCCCAAGGACUGGAGGCCGCGUGAAGUGUGGGGCUUCAGGCAGGCAGGCGGACUGCUUGGAGCAGGUGGCCUAGUGUUGCUGUCAAAGGAGUGCUUCCCUUUUUAUUUUAUUUAUUUAAAGCUCUUACUUUGAAUAAAAAAAAAAAUAAGAGGCUGAUAAUUGGUUUGACUCUUGCACAGCUGUGGUGACUUCAGGAGCAGAAAGUGGCUGAUGCAGAAUCAUUGCAGGAACUGGCUCUCACCUGGUCUGCCUCCUGCGCCGACACCUCGUACACGAUUUAACAGUAAAUGGUGGUUGUGCCCUCUGCCUGCCUAAACUACAGUUGAAGUGUCUGGGAUGACUUUGUAGCAUCUCCUUCCUGUUGAGCACAGGGUAUGUGGAAAACUUUUAUGGAUAGUGAAGGCUUUUGACCAUUCUGAAAUUUUUAAAAAAUGGUUCGCCAUAAUGUAGAUUUGUUUUGAGAGUCGUUGAUUUUUUGUCUGCUCAAUUAAGUUGUAAGCAGGGUUGUUUUACUUUGUUUGCCAUUGAGUUUGAAAUUUCCUGAGCCUUUAGUAGCAGGAGAGACGAUGGAUUUUUGCAGUAUGAACAUGACAGAAGAUGGCUUUGUGCGCGAACUUUUCCUUGCUGAUCUGGACCACUCACUCUGUAGCCUUAGAUCUGCUCUCACGGGUCUGUGCUGUGAGCUGUUGGGACUAAAGGUGUUUCAGUUGUACACGCGUGGGAACGAGUACUACCCUUGAGAAGAUGUUCGUUGUUCACUCCACUGUUACUGGGAGUGUUUUGUGUCUUUUUUUCACUGAGUCAGCAAGUGUUCCUGGGCCUUCCACGUGCUGGCACGGCUCUAGGUCCUGGGCUGCUGCGGCACUGAACAAAGCAGACAGGCUUGCCCUCCUGGAGCAGACGUUUCUGUCGGGGAGAUUCUGGCAAGUUAGAUGGUGGGAAAAAAGUGGUGAGAAGGAACGGGACCUUGGGCAGCUGCAGUUUUAAAUAGGGUGGAGAGAGAAAGAAAACCGUACUGACCAGACCAGAUGACAGGCCCUUUAAACAUUGGGGUAAGAACGCCUUCAAAUGUUUGCUUCAUUCAGUCUCCCAGUAAUGCACUGCAGAGAAAAGAGAGUGGAGGUCGGGGAGAAACCUGGCUACAGCUAUGAAGGUUCACUGCCUGGAGUCAAAGGCAUAGUGUUUUGGUUAAAAAAGGAAGUCGUUCUUUUGCUCUCUUCCUGAGAGCUGAAGGCUCUGCUCUCCAGCAAGCCUCUGAAGAAAGAUGGCAUGUGUGGCCUGCUGUUAGUGAUUGCAGUAGACUAGCUCAGCAGAUGUGACUCAGGAAAUGGCUCUGCCUGUGCCUCUUCAGGUACCGCAUGGGUGGGCAGAGGUGUGUGUGUGUGUUCCAUGCUGUCAUAGGUAACACGUAUUACCACAUGUGUCACGCCAAACCUGUGCUGGGCCCAGACCUGCUGCAUCAGACACACAGAGUCCCUGUCAGCUGCCUGUUGUUCAAUCGGAAGACAGGGCAUUUUAAAAAACAUCAUAAUGAGAAGUUUCAAGCAUAAACUACAAUUAUCAAUUUGCUAGGCUUAGUUCAUUUGUCAACAUAUAUAUAUUUUCUUUUUAAUUAAAAAAUUUUUUUAUAGAUCCUGAAAAGAAAAGGGAAGUACCUAAAUAUCAGCUGAACCUGUUGGUUCCUUGUAUCUGAGGAACUGACAUUUUUAGUAUGCUCAAAACCAAUUAUAGUCUAAAUUCAAGGCUAACUGUAUGAGUUGAGGAUCUGGAUGCCCCCUCCUUUUUUUUUUUAAUUGCUAAGACAUUGUAAGUACAAAUGAAGGCUGUGUUGGUUAACAAGGAAAUUCUCUAUUGAUUUGAAAGAGUACGUAAGUUAUUUGGUUGUUUACUUCAGGAUAUAUUUUCACUCACCUGCUGGUAUAUUUAAACUUCUGGAUGAGGAGCCUGCUCAUCACAUAGUAGGAAGGAGACCAGGGCUCUCCCCAGACCCCAUAUGUGUGAGUGGGUCGUUCACAUGUCCCACGGGGUAUUCUCAUUUGCCUUAGAAUAAAUAGAUCGAUCCUCUGCCCCUUGUGACCUUCUAAGAGGAAAUACAAUUCAGGAUUCUGGGGGUUAGGCCCUGCACCCCACGGCUGAGCAGGCCUCCCAGGUAAGAGGGCCAGAUUGUCGUCCUCAGGCCUCUGUGUGAAUGGCAUUGAUGUUGUUACGCUGCAGAGUUCACUUAACUGUUACCUUUGUGUGACAGGAGUUGACACAGUAGUGAAACUCUCAGGCUUGUUCAAAUAUUGUUUACGUUAAUUUUCAUCACUCAGAUACCUCACGUAUAGGUGUCUAGGACCCAUGGCCGUAUUAGGACGACGUGAUAAUGUGUAAGGGUGUUGUUAUGUGUAGGUUGGCCAUACUUCCCAGCUUAUGCCUUCUUUGUUUCUCAAAAGUGACCUAAUUUGAAAUUAUACGGUUACUCUAGCUAUACACUUAAGUGUUUUCAGUUAAAAAUCAGGAAUUUAAAGUUAUAUUGGAUAAUUUGAUACAAAAUUUUAAAUUUUGUUUCCGCAUAAGAACGAUUGGGGAGGGGUUAGGAGUAAAAUUAAUGCAUAAAUAGCUUUGGUGAAGUGUUUCACAUGAACACAGACCGUUCAUUUGUGGUGAUGUGCCGCCAAGCCAAGUUUAAAAUUAUAGGUUUAAAGAUUUUGACCCUGGGGAAAAACGUGAACUGCUGCAUUCUUUUGAAAAGUUCAGGUUCCCUCCCAGGUCAAAACUUUUUAUUUGAACGAUAUUAAGACUUGCUAACCAGAGUAAACAAAGGGCACCGUGUGGUAAGGAGAGGUGACAGCUGGUUUAUAGAGUCACCACUCUGCAGCGUUCUCCCUACAGACAGAGGACAGUGUUCCCGCAGACUUGCUUGGUUGGCCCCAUCGGGAAGUAGGUAGAACGGGGGUGAGUACGCAGACCGUAAGAGGGGAAGGGGAAGCCGGGUGCCACUCUGUGCUUGGCACCAGGAUUUCAUCUUCUCGGCAGACCGUAAGGUAGGCCUUGUUCUCUCCUUUACGGAGGAUGAGGCGGAGCAGUGCCCUCCUGGUUACACAGCUAGGAAAUGAGGGGGUGGAAUUCAGCCCCAGGUCAAACCAGGUUUUCAUUGUGUGUCUGCUAGGUUCUAGGCAUUGGAGUCCAGGUUGUAUUUAUUUCUCUUUGUUUAAACUUACUAUCUUGUUUUUCUCUUUCUGUCCUAGAUUUGACACUUAAAAAAAAAAGAAUACAUCAAGUUUAACUUAACCGUCUUGCCAUCAUGUCACCAAAAAUAGUAUUAAGGAGCGCAUGCCUUCCUGUGGGUGAAACUGAGUCGUUGCAUGGAUGCACUUUGAGUUGGAGUGUGUGUCAUUCUACGGAAAGGUGGCCCUCGUGGGCCUAGAUCCCAAACAGGGUGUUCACUCAUCCUGCACAUAUUAUGGUACCUGCCCCUGAGGCUGGGAAUACGAUGUGAACAGGGCUCACUCGGCUUCUAGUCACGGUGAAUUUCUGGGGACCACUGCUCAACACCAGGGUUCAGACCCUGACCAAGCUGGCGCUUGUCAUGUCUUCCAGCUUUGCCGGUAGAGGCAGCAAGAAUCGGAGUGGUUGGUAGCAGGUAGUAUGGAAAGGUCAGAAAGGUGUGGGUUUGAAUUCUGCUCACCAGCCAUGUGACCUUGGAUUAGGUAGUUCACCUCUCUGUGUCUUGGCUUCCUUUCCUAUCAACUGGGACAGUCCUUUCCUAGUGGAAGUGCCUGGCGUGGAAGCCCUUGGGAGCGAAGGAAGUAUUGGGAGCAGAGUGUGGCUUCCUUAGGUACUGCAGUCUGGGUAGUGAGAGCUGUCUGUCGCUCCCAAGAGAGCGGGCCCCUGUCAGCACUUCCUGUAGUGUGUGUGUGCAUCUAGGGAAGGUGCUACUGAAUGUAUGGACAGCUCACUUAAUACAGCCGAGUUAUAGUUGAUGUCGGUGAGAAGCUAGUUUGGCAGUUUGUGUCAGGAUCCAUCCAUAUGCUUUGACCCAGAAAUCCUACUGUUGCCAUUUUAAUCUAAAAUCACAGGGCAGGGGACAAACUAAGGUAUAUCCAUAGAGACAUUAUCAAAGGUAUAGAGCAGAGAAAACACCUUCACUGUUUAACAGCUGGUAAAUGGUAAGUGUGUUAAUUAUCAGAAUAUUGCCAUAAAAGAUACUCUGUGUUCAUGCCUGUCUUGCACUUGACACACGUAACAUGUGAAAGCAGAACGUAAACGUGGGUGUUGUAUGAUUGCAGCUGAAUGCAUGUGUAGCAAGCACUGGAAAGGUACGGGAGCUGGGAGUCGGUGCGGAGGCAGGCAGGCUAGAGAGCACAGGGCUUGUAUUUCUGUGUGAUGAGCCUGGACCCUGGCAGAAGGUGCUGGGGGGUCAUUGAAGGGUUUAGAAAGACAGCCACGUGGGCCUGUGUUGGGUAACUGGCCUGGAGGUGCUGUAGGCGUGGCUAGCCAUCAUGAUCUUUGUUGCGUUAUUUUUCUCCUUCUGGUUUUCAUCUGCUUUCUUAAUCUUCUAGCUUUUUGAAAAAGACCGUAAAUUUUUUUAAAUAAUUAAAAAUCUGUUUGUUGAAACAAAACUGUAAUUAAUAAAAAAGAAAAAGGGAAUCGCAGAUAAAUACAACACAAUUGUAGAUCAUAAAUUCUCAUUGGAGCUGUUGAAAUUCAGAUUUUGUUCUCUUUUACUCUAAAGUUUUGUGAUUGAGAAGUUUGGUGAGUUUUGACACCAAAUGACCAGUAGCUCCAGUCCAGUGUAGAGCAUCUCCCCUAGAAUGUUCCCUCAUGCCCUUCUGGUCAGCCUUGUCCCCACAACCUCUAUUCAAGUCUGCUUUAACAAAGCUUUGUUUGUGAAUCUUAGAAGUGCUAAUUACUACAACUCUUUUUCAUUUGUAGGGAAUAAAAACAUUCAGAUGGCAGAUAACAGUUCUUCAGAUGGGGUUCCUUCAGAUUCCUUGGAAGCUGCUAAAGAUGCAAGUACCCAAGAAAAGCUCACAGAUCAGGUGAUGCAGAAUCCGCAAGUUUUGGCAGCUUUACAGGAACGACUUGAAAAUGUCUCUCACACUCCAUCCAGCUACAUUGAAACUUUACCGAAAGCAGUGAAGAGAAGAAUCAAUGCCCUGAAGCAGCUCCAGGUGAAGUGCGCUCACAUAGAAGCCAAGUUCUACGAAGAGGUUCACGACUUGGAGAGGAAGUACGCAGCUUUAUACCAGCCUCUCUUCGACAAGAGAAGAGAAUUCAUCACUGGCGACGUUGAGCCAACAGACGCAGAAUCAGAAUGGCACAGUGAAAAUGAGGAGGAGGAUAAAUUGGCUGGAGACGUGAAAAAUAAAGUGGUCAUAGCAGAAAAAGAAGCAGCAACAGCAGAAGAGCCAAAUCCCAAGGGAAUUCCGGAGUUCUGGUUCACCAUCUUCAGAAACGUAGACAUGCUAAGUGAAUUAGUACAGGAAUAUGAUGAACCGAUCUUGAAGCACCUGCAGGAUAUUAAAGUGAAAUUUUCAGAUCCUGGACAGCCUAUGUCUUUUGUAUUAGAGUUCCACUUUGAACCGAAUGACUACUUCACCAAUUCAGUCCUGACAAAGACAUACAAGAUGAAGUCGGAGCCUGACAAGGCUGAUCCCUUUUCCUUUGAAGGCCCUGAAAUUGUUGACUGUGACGGGUGUACUAUUGACUGGAAGAAAGGGAAAAACGUCACAGUUAAAACCAUCAAGAAAAAGCAGAAACACAAGGGUCGAGGCACUGUUAGAACAAUCACCAAACAAGUACCCAAUGACUCAUUUUUCAACUUCUUCAGUCCUCUGAAAGCUUCUGGGGAUGGAGAAUCACUGGACGAAGAUUCCGAGUUCACCUUAGCCUCCGAUUUUGAGAUUGGACACUUCUUCCGCGAGAGGAUAGUCCCCCGAGCGGUGCUCUACUUCACUGGGGAGGCCAUUGAAGACGACGACAACUUUGAAGAAGGCGAGGAGGGAGAAGAGGAGGAGCUAGAAGGUGACGAGGAGGGUGAAGAGGACGACGAUGUGGAAAUCAACCCCAAGAGCCACUCGAUGAGGUUCACGUUGCUAGCCGGUGCCUUUCUGCAGAUGGCCACCUGGACGUGUACAUGCUUUCCCCGCCGGCCGUUGGACAGAUGUCACUUCUCCUGUAGGCCUUUUGGCCAGGCUCUUGGCAGUGCUCAGCCGUGCUUGUGACAGGCCGGGGUGGGGAGGCCGUCCUACAGUGGCGCACCAUCGCCCCUGCUGACACCUGGGCCCAGAUGUGCACCUUCUGGCAGUUUGCAGCAUUGUGUUCUUUUUGUUCUGCUUAGAAGAGGCUGACUCAGCAUCCAGGUUCAUCACUUGUCCCCUGCAUUUCACACCUCACCCCUUAGAUGUGAUUUCCCAAGAAGGAGCUGAAGGCCCGGCGGGCACCGUGGAGGGUGUCGGCUCUGUCCCCCAGCAGGCGUUUGGAAGCAGGAAGUGCGGGUGUCUUGGAGGCUCCACAGGCAUGCCGGGUGCUUUUCGCAGGGGUUGUCAUCUCAGCAGCCAGAAACCAUAGAUUACACGCUAGCAGGCUUGUUGGGUCAGAAGUGUUAGUGGAGCCGGUGUCUGUGCUGGCCUCCACACAACACACAGGGCUGCUGACGUGGCUGAAGUGGUAUUUUUUCCAGCGAUGAGCUCUUGCUGUGAGAUAUAUACGUUGGAUUAUAUCAAAGUCUGUCUGCUCUUCUGAAGGGGAAACAGUACUUCCCCGAAACCCUUACAGGAAGACCAGAACAUCCUGCUGGGUGAGACUUGUUUGUGGCGCUCCUAGGAGUUGCGGCUCGUCACUGGUUGUAGCGGUUCACGCGCUGAAUGUGUGGUCUGCUCGGUGGCUCCCCUUGAGUGAAAAGAUGAAGCCCCCCCUGAAUAGGUGCUUUCACCCCCCUGAGCAUCAGGGGCCCAGUAUGUGCCCGCUGCCUGAAUCGGGCCUGUGGGCCUCGGUGGGGUUGACUUACUCCUCAGC